AUGCGCGAACUACUGAUACGGAACCCCGCCGAUGAUACACCCAUACUGCGAGGAUAUACCGGCAAGACCACUUGCGCUUACAGAGUCAUGUUGAGGGAUGGAGACUCUGCAGCUGGGGUUGUCCUUAAGGAGCUUGAGGCUGUCUCCUACAAGCGAAAGAUGGUACCAAAGAAGAUCCGCAAGAGUCUACGAAACCUUGUACUGGAAGAACUUGCUCAAGAGAUGCUAUCUUCGCUGGAAACUUCCACCAAGUCAACAACUACGGGACUAACCGCCGGUAAAGGUGGUGCAUCAUCAUCGAUCCGCAAACGAGCCAGAAAUGCCCAAGCCGAGCUUGAGGGUCUCCACAGUGAGCGCAUGAGCGCUCUCGAGGCCUUGGAACGGCGCAACAAACAGGAUGAGAUAACCGAACAGGAUGUUGAUGAGGAAGAAGGUCCAGACGUGGAUUCGCUCAAGGAAAAUGGCGACAGGCAACACCUACGGGGUGAGCCGUUGCAUUGGUAA